AACAGACGGGUGAGUGGGUUUGAGCCAUCCAGCGGCUGGGAUGUGGAGGGGCCGCGAGCCGUUGGGAUGUGACUCACAGUGACACACACACACACACACACAGCUGAGAGAAGCAGAAGAGGCAGGAGGGAGGAAGAGAGGGGACGAAGAAGAGCGAGAGCGAGAGCGUGAGGCCCAUCCAUCCAUCCAUCCACUUUUCCUCGAACCCAGCGCUCGGUCCUGUCUCUGGCUCUCAUUGGGCUCUGAGCACAGCAUUAGUGUUAGCGAAGAAAGCAAGCAAGCAAGCAAGCAAGAAAAACAGCUCCUAAUGUGAUCAAGAUGGAAGUGUGUCCUGGAGUUUUAUGGCAGCCGCUGGUUUGUUGGACCCCUGGGGCUCUCAUCCCUGCCACCGCGCCGCUCAACUAACCACAGCGACAGCGACAGACCCAGAGGUGUCCGUUCUCUCCAGGCCAGAAAGACAGAGAGAGAGAGAGCGAGAGAGAGAGAGAGAGAGAGAGAGAGAGAGAGAGAGAGAGAGUUAUCCAGCAGAUGUUUCGGGGGGCAGCGCUGGAGCUUCAGCGGGAGCAGGAGUGUGUGUGUGUGAUGGAUAUCUUCAUGCCUGCACGGACGUGAGAAGACAGAUUACUACAAGGCUCCAUUACUGAGAGAGACCUGGGCUCUGUCUACCGUCCCGUCUCUCGUGCCCUGGUGCUGCGCGUCUCUGCCUCUCCGCUGACAGGCUGACAGAGCUGGGAGCUGGGAGCUGGGGGAGCUUCAGUCCAGCUGGUUCUGUUCUGUACGUCCGCACUGGAUUUUUUUUAUCACUCAUCAUUUCACCAUCAGACCAUCCCAUUAGCUCAUGGAAUAUACUUUUGUUGUGGAUUUGCUGGAGAGUGGUACUGAGCUCUAAGUGUGUGUGUGUGUGUGUGUGUGUGUGUGUGUGUGUGUGUGUGUGUGUGUGUGUGUUUGCGCGUGUGUGGGGGGUGUGUGGGUGUGCUGAGCGGCAGAGGAGGUCAUCUGUUGUCAGCUGCGUGGGCAACCGGACCUAGCCGUCCCAAGCUGGUGGUGGCUGGGGUCGCUGCCGGGGAUUGUGGGUAAAAGGCGACGACAGGGCCAGCGGUCUGAACAAUCUUGCCUCUCAUUCACACAGAGAGGAAGAGGAAAAGGAAGAGGAAGGAGGCGCAAGGAAGUGGUGCAGAGACGACUCCUGGCUGGAUUGGAGGUUUGAUUCAGGGGGCCGCUGUUCUUACAGGGCUCUAUGGGAUAGCUGUGGGUGUCCGCCAUGCCUGUGACCAUACGGAAAAGAAGUUGGGAGGCCCAUGUGACCCACCGCUCAGCUCCGCGCUACAGUUACGAUGACCUGGACCUCGUUUGUUGCCCUGGUGUCAGGAAAGAUGGGCCGCGCUCAAGACGUGGACGCCGGGAGCGAUGCGCCUCCAUGCCGGAAUGCUGCCACCCAGGGGUUGCAACCUUUGCCACGGAGGACAGAAGGCCUCAAGGACUGGAGGGUGAGGCAGGCGAGAAAGAGAGCAGUGAGACGUCAUUGGCUGAUGUGUUUGAAUCUGGGUCUGUUCAGAAUGAUGACAUCUUUGCAGACCAAUCACAGAGGAGUGGGUAUUCUUUGGCUCCCCCCACAGCUGCAAGCGCCACUGAACUAGAUGGAGAUGGGGGCAAGGCUUCACCAAACCAACCCAACACACUGGCCAAGAACCCCACUGCCAGCGAGACAGCCGCAGAUGCUCCAUUAGAUCCUCCUAAUGACAACAACAUUCGUUCCCACAGAGAUGACCUUCAAAGACCAGAGGUGGCAGACUCAGACUGCCCUGUGGCACAGUAUCCUAAUGACCUCACAGACUCUGACACCAAGACCAGCCUUGCCAGGCACCCCGAUGUUAUGGAUUCACCGAAGGCUCCUGCCAACCCUGCCCAGACAACAGUGGCAGCAGACAGGGCAGACGCUGCCCAAAAGGAAGACAGCACCGCCGCAACAUUAGACCCCCAUGCCACUUCAACGGCAUGGGAGAAUGCCCCUGCUCCACUCAGCUGCCGAGUCCAUCUGAAUGGAUUUGAGGAGAGCUCUGUUUUGAAAGCAGAUAUGCUCAAUCGCGUGCCAAGUAUUGAGUUAGCUACGGGUGAGAGUGUACCGGACCAUAAGCCCGACGCUGUUCGCCAGGGACACAUGACAGGGGAGGCCGAGUGUUGUGAAAGGCCUGGCAAAGGACAAACAGAUUUGGGAAGGCCCGACGCAGACAUUUCAGGCAUGGACGUCACCCAGGAGGCACGGGGCCCUGAAGGAUUAGCCCUGGCCACAGCUCACGAGGUCAGGGGCAGUUCAGCGCAAGCUGCUCAAACCAGCGGCGCGGGCAAGAGCGAAGGCUCUCCUUCGGCCCAGAAGCUGGCGGACUGUGAACAUCUGAAAACUCACCUCGAGGCUUUCGGCGGGGAGCCGUGCGAGACUGCAAUGCGAGAAGGCGCUUCCUCUGAGUCACCAGAGAGCUUGUCGGUAGACGUGGAAUGUUCCGGGACCACCGGUGCCUCGCAGGAGAGGCGCCACGAGGGAGCCUGCGGGGGCUCUAAGCUGGACACCAUCUUGGAAGUGUCUUUAUCUGAGACUGGAGAUGAAAUAGGAGGAGCUGAGAGACAGGAUAAAGAGGACAGCAAGGCGACUGUUCAGCUACUGUCCCCGACCCCGAAGGAAACUGGAGAAUCUCCUGGACCUGCAGGGGGAGUUGGAGUUGAGCCUCCAAGCUCAAACAACAUGGCCCUCGACCAAGGACCAGAGGGACACCAAAGCAAUAAAAGCCUGACAUCUACGUGCUCUGCACAGCUGGUGCUGUGUGAAGCUGAGGAUUUCUCUUCUAAGAUGGCGGCCAUCGAGGAGGAGGAGGGGCUUGAUGCUGGGAGGUGUCACCCAACUCUGCCCACCUCCUCAGAGCCCACAGAGCAACAGGAGCCCAGGAGUGAGGAGAACACUGUCAAACUACGAGUCCGAAAGAGCUCCAGAGAGGAGCGUGAGCGGUCCCGUCUGGACUCCAUGGUUCUGUUGAUCAUGAAGCUGGACCAGUUGGAUCAGGAGAUUGAGAGCGCUCUGUGCAGCACCUCCUCCAUGGUCAGCACCCCCACACUCAGGAGGAAAGGCAUCUCGGAGAUGGACCUGGGAAGUCUGAGUGAAGCAGGCAGUGUGUCUGCGUCCACCCAGUCCCUCCACUCGCCUCUCCAUCGCCUGUCAUCAUCGUCAUCCUCAACCGGCCCUGCAGGGCCCACAGGGGCCAAACCCAAGAGUGGGAUACUGGCAGUCGUCUCAGAGAAAGACAAAGCGGGUAAGUGUGGAUGAUGGAUGUCAUCCUUUCUUUCUUUGGGGAAUGUUGGGAAUGAACUUUCGGAGUCAGUAGGUUAGAUACUGUCCACAAUGGGCAGCAUGACUGGCUGAGUUGCCAUUUUAUUUUUAUCCCCCUUGACCAUCGAUCGGCACCGUCAUAGUUUUGUAUUUUCUGCUGUCUGGUGGUUUUACUUUGUUGACAUGUCGUCCAGCGGUAUGACAGUGGACAUAGUUGGAUUUAUUGUCUGCUAUAUUUGACUGUGUAUGCCUUUGCUUCUGUUUGUUUGCUUGUUUGACUGUUGAGUUUUUCUUUUCCUAGUCAUUACCCUUCUGUCUGUUGUCUGGCAUUCUUCUGCGUGAGAUGUGGUUGGGCUUGAGAUCCUGUGAUUGGAGCAGGGGGGGUCUGUAUCUGUGGUGUAUAGGGCUGCCCACAGGAUGAACUUCUUGUUGUGUUAAUACACCAAGUCCUUUUGUGGGAUACUUUGCCCGUGGCUGAGGGUGAAAAUUUGUCAGAUAGCAAAACACUUACGCAUGCGAGUUCCAGAUUUCUCACACCAGGCCAUCUGUUGAAGAUAAGCUCUGGAUCUGCUUGCUAUCCUCUCCCCUCUCUUCAUCCCCUCUCCUCUCCCUUUUUCUUCCUGUCUAUCUUUCUCUCACACACACACACACACACACACACACACAUACUCGCUGCCUUUCUUUCUGACACCCCUCUAUCUCCCACUCUCCCUUACCCUCUCUGUCUCUCACUCUCCUCCACUCCUCCUCCCUGUGGUGUUUCCUGCUGUAAAUCUCUCCUGCAGGAUUCUGACACGUGGAGCCCAUUAGCCUUUAGCAUUUAGCCAUUAGUACAGCAAGGUCAUGCAUCUGACUGUUUCCUCAGUGAAGUAUAAACAGGAAGUUCUAUAACCAUCUGAGACUGUAGAGUAAUCUCUCAAAUACUCAGUAAAGCAUUAUUUACUGUCAUGGUGAAGAGGACAUAAGGGCAUACCAUUUCAAAGCAA